AUGGCACUGUCCCGUGUUCUUUGGAUUCUGUUGGUACUGUUGCCAGAGUUGAUCGAAGGACAAAGCAAGAAGCUCGCUUGCAGUUACGAGCAUCCACGAGCGCUCAAUGCCGGCUAUCGUCCUGACUACAUUCCCGUCGAGCUAUGCACACACGUGAUCUUCAAAGCAUUCGCAUUCCCGCGGAGCGUUGGACGACAAAUGGUUUUCGAUGAUACUGACAAGGCGGCAUUCAGUCAGCUGGUGUCGGCUGUGCGCAAACGUUCCAAUACUGUCCGCGUGGUGGCAUCGAUCGAUGGAUCGCAUUAUGAGUAUUCAAUCGUUUCCGGCGUUAACGUUCGUCGACGAGCAUUUGUUCAGGCCGUCGGGACACUUUUGCUCGAGCUGGAUGCCGACGCUGUCGAGAUCAACUGGAUUCAGAAUGGCGGCUAUUCACCAGAAAAGCUUAGCUCAUAUGCUUCCGAUCGCAUGACGAAGGUGAUCUUACUGCAAGACCUACGACAGAUCGUGAUGGCUGCAAAUAAGCGACUCGACGGUCGCAAUCGAGAGCUCUGGUUUCGAGGGUCUAUACACCAAGGAGUAAUCGAUGCUUCGUACAAUGUGUUCGACAUCUGCGACGUGGUCGAUCACGUUACGCUCGAAGCGAUGAAUAUACGUUUCACCAUGUCGCAUGCUCCCAUAAACGGCACGGUUGAAUCUAGUGAUAGAAAAGGCGUACCAACUCGGCUGGAUGAUACGGGAAGUAGCAUCACUGACGGCACGAUAAGGUGGAUCAACGAUGGCUGUCCACAGAAGAAGCUACUACUUGGAAUGGCGUUUUUCGGAAUCGUCAAGAACUACACCCAUUCUUCGCGUACAUUUUUCGGUCCGAGCUACUCCACAUGGGGUGCUUUUUUUAAAGGAAUAGUAUCGUAUCGUGAGCUAUGCUUAUCGUUGUCCGAACCAGGAUGGACGAUUGGAUGGGACAAAUAUGGCAUGAUGCCGUACGCAUUGAGAGAACUUCCUCACGGCGAAGACGAAAUCAUGAGUUACGAUGACGUGACGUCUCUUCGCUACAAAAUGGACUUGGUGCAGGACAAGCGUUUGGGUGGCGUAUACGUGGACUAUGUGCAUUGGGACGAUAUCUACGCCAGGUGCGGCCAAGCAUACCCUUUAACAUCCUACGUAGCGUACCGGCUACAGUCGAUCCAGUCUGACAUUGGAUUCGCCAUCGAAUGGAGCUAG